CUCUCUCUCCCUCUCUCUCUCUGUCCGUCUUCCUUUCGUUCUACCCCUCAGUCAGUGAGAAUGGAGCCCGGUAGUCCAAAGAAGAUCCAGUUUGCUGCGCCUCCGCUGCAGGGACAGAUUGACCCCCAGGCCGCCGAACAUAUCCGUCGCAGAAGACCGACGCCGGCCACGCUGCAGAUCUACAGACAACCUGGGACAGAUGGUGGAGAUCCACAAAACGCCAGCGGGGAGUCACAGGAUUCGGACGGGACGCAGAGGAAGCAGAGCACGUAUGCCCCCCCAUCAAUUAAAGGUAAACUGGAAAGCACUGUACCUGAGGAAGAAGAGGAAGAAAGCAGCCAUCAGGGAUGACUGAUCAACACACACUGGGAAAGAAGAGGCAGCCAAUGUAUUUUGAUGUCCUCAAGAGAAUCAAGAUGGACGCAGACGUCAAUCAAACAUAGCAGAGGACAGGAAACGUACCGGGGCGAGAGUUCACAAAGUGUUACAAAAGGAAAAAGGUCAUUUUCUGUCUGACCUGUUGAAGAAAUGUGUUCAACAUUAACACCUUCUGAGGUUUUCUAGAAGCAUCUCACAGUUUACAAGAUUAAUGCUCCAUCCUUCUUUCUGUAUCACUAACAUACAAAAUGGCGUACUUAUCUUUUCACUGUCAUCCUUUGUUAAAUGUUCCUUUUUAAACGUUACAAAAACAAAAAAAACACAGUUGCCUUUAAAACAGCAAAAAGCUAAGAGCUUUACAUUUUUUAAGUUUCAAGCUUAUCCAAACAAAUUAGCAAACAAUAAAACAAAUGUUUAAGAUGUAAAGAACGUAUUUACUUUGUUUGGUAGUUAGCUGAUUGCUUUCAGCUAAAGGGUAGCUACAUUAGCUACACUUACAUACGCCAGAGAUUUGAAAUGAACAAAAAAUAUUUAUAGAAUAUUUUGUAUCAUAUCUUAUAAAGGAAACAGUAUACAAUUCAACUAAAAUAGACUGUUAAAAUGCCCCCUUCCCACUUCUAUCUUUAGCUAAUAAUGCUAACUAACUAGCUUGAGCUAAUAAUAGUGUAGUUAGUAAACAACAGUUGAAGCGUCAAAAUCGUAGCAGUUACUAUAGAUCCAGCACCAAACAUAUUGACGUUUGACAGUCCAGUACAGUAGUGUCCAAACUUUUGCCACAUGGGCCAAAAUAAAGUAGCCAGACCUGUAUUAAAAAUCUGUAAAUGAGGGUUCAUGUAAAAAUCUAAAAAGAAAAAUACACCAUGUAUGGGCUAUGGGUUGCUCUUCAAAAACACUUGCUGCAUUUAGAUAAAUUUAAGGAAUUAACUUUUAAGUAAAAGUCACUGAUGUUCUAUGAGACUAGAAUGAAAAAAUACCAAUGUGGUUCAUUAAAAGACGUGUAGUUUAUGUUGUACCUAACAUUUCCAUUUUAAGAUUUUUAUUUGAAAAGUGAAAAUAUGAAGUGUCAUUUUCCAAUGAAUAGCAUUUGCUGACAACUUUGUACCAUGGAGAUAAGAGCCGCACAAAAUCUCCCGAAGGCCCGCAAAUGACCCCUGGGUCACACUUUGGACACCGUUGGUGUAGCAUUCUCCAAUGUUACUAUAUUCUGUUUGAUUACAGACGUUUCUUUCUUUUAAAUGUAUCAGGGAAUUAGAUGUGCCAUUUUUACAUGAAGCAGCUACAUUCAGUGGACGCUGUAAACUGCAACAGUUUGUAUCACAUCAAAACAAACUAAAUGUUUUCAAUAAAUCCUGAUUCAUUUCUUGUUUUCA